AUGGCAUGUUCCAGUGUGAAUCUAAGGGAUUUUCGUAUUGCUCAGACUAUGACAUUUGCUAUUGAGGAGAUUAACAGAAAUGAAACUUUACUCCCAAAUGUUUCUGUUGGCUACAAAAUCUAUGAUAGCUGUGCUUCAAGACUGUCUUCUGUAAGUGCAACUAUGGCAUUGAUGAAUAAUCAUGAAAUUACAGCAGGUCAAAGUUGCAAUGGAGAGACUCCUAUACAUGCUAUCAUAGGAGAAUCAGAGUCUUCUGCCACAGUGAUUCUGUCCAGAACCACAGGACCUUUUAAAAUACCAGUGAUAAGCCACUCAGCUACAUGUGAGUGUCUAAGUAAUAGGAAAGAUUACCCCUCUUUUUUCAGGACUAUUGCUAGUGAUUAUCACCAGAGCAGAGCACUUGCAAAAAUAGUCAAACACUUCGGCUGGUCUUGGGUUGGAGCUGUGAACAGUGACAAUGACUAUGGAAACAAUGGAAUGGCCAUAUUUCUGAAUACAGCACAUGAAGAGGGCAUUUGUGUAGAGUACACUGAGAAAUUCUACCGAACACAACCUGAAAAACUCCAAAAAGUGGUAAAUAUAAUAAAACAAAGCACAGCAAAAGUGAUUGUUGCAUUUCUUACCGGCUUUGAAAUGAACAAUUUACUUGAGCAGCUAAAUAUCGAAAACAUUACAGGCCUCCAAAUGAUUGGUGUGGAGGCAUGGAUAACUGCAAAGAAACUGAUCACUCCAAAAAGCUUUCGUGUGCUAGGAGGGUCACUGGGAUUUUCAGUAAAAAAAAUUGACAUUGAAGGGUUUUCAGAUUAUAUUACUAAAGCAUUCUGGGAUACGACUUUUCCAUGCUCACAUAACGAUGAGAACUCUUCGCAGUAUGCAUUCAACUGCAGUAAAUAUCAGGAUCUACUUGUGUUUAAAAAUGACAAUGAUGAUGUGCCUGAACAAAGAUAUAUAAGCAAUGUGUACAAAGCAGUGUAUGCUGUGGCUCAUGCACUACACAGUCUGCUCAAGUGCAAAGAAAACAUAGGUUGUGAGAAAGGCCUGACAAUACAACCACAGCAGGUUGUUGAGGCUCUGAAAAAGGUCAAUUUUACUGUAAAAUUUGGAGAUCAUGUGUGGUUUGACAGCACUGGUGGUGCAGUAGCCCAGUAUGAAGUUGUGAACUGGCAGCAGGACUCUGAUGGAUCAAUUCAGUUUAAAGCAGUGGGUUACUAUGAUGCCUCACUGCCACCUGACCAGCGCUUUGUACUUAACACUGGAAACAUCAUCUGGACUGGAGGACAGCUGCAGAAGCCAAGGUCUGUGUGUAGUGAGAGUUGCCCUCCAGGCACUAGGAAGGCUGGACAGAAAGGAAGACCUGUCUGCUGUUAUGACUGUAUUCCAUGUGCAGAUGGAGAAAUCAGUAAUGAGACAGAUUCAAAUAACUGCAUGCAGUGUCCAGGGGAAUUCUGGUCUAAUGCUGAGAAAAAUAAAUGUGUGUUAAAGGCUGUAGAGUUUCUGUCAUUCACAGAAGUUAUGGGUAUAGUGCUGGUCUUUUUCUCACUGUUUGGAGUAGGAAUAACUGUUCUGGUCACAGUCCUGUUUUACAGUAAGAAGGACACCCCCAUAGUAAAAGCCAACAACUCAGAGCUGAGCUUCCUGCUGCUCUUCUCAUUGACUCUGUGUUUUCUCUGUUCACUUACUUUCAUUGUUUUCGUCAACGAAAUUAAUACUGAUUGUGGCAAGUUUAGCGAGGUCUGCGCCGAAGGGAGGAGGCGCGAGAAAGACGCGAUGAUUGGUGAGGAGAUGCAUAAGAAGCUGCAGGAGUGA